GUGGUCCUGAGGGCGGCCAUGAGCGCGUUCGGGGCCGCGGCGUUGCCGUCCGGAUCCUCGGCCGCUGCUGGGGCCCGGAGCGGCAGCAGCGACAGUCUGGAGAAGAUCGACAUGUCCUUGGAUGAUAUAAUUAAACUGAACAAGAAAGAAGAGAGGAAGCAGUAUUCCCCCAAAAUGAAGAGAGGACUCCAGCAGAAUCGAACUCAGCAAUUCAGGACACCAGGCUCCAAGUGGGGGAUCCAACAACAGAAAGGUUAUGGUAAAAAUCAUUUGGGACACAGAAAGAAGAUUGUAGGGAAGAAGCGUCCUUAUGGAGUUAUAACUGGCUUGGCAGCCAAGAAAGCAAUGGGUUCACACAAAGGAAUUAGUCCUCUGAACAGGCAGCCACUUAGUGAGAAGAACACACAGCGGAAUUAUCCCGUCCUGAAAAAGAAACCAAACUUGCGGAGGCAAACUGAAAUGCAGAGAAAACAAAUUCCAACCCUCAGGAGACCUGCCCCGCUAAGCAGGAGGAAUAACAUGCCAUCUGCUUUUGCCAGAAUUGGAAACAAACUAAAUCAGCAGAAAGACACUCGUCAAGCAACUUUCCUGUUUCGAAGAGGAUUGAAGGUGCAGGCCCAAGUGCAGCCAGCAGAAGAUCUUGAUACUCAGACAACAAAGAGAACUCGUCAGCAUCUCAAAUGGCGAACUUCUACCACAAGUGGAGGGAUUCUGACUGUGUCCAUUGAGAACCCAGGAGCAAUCAUAACCCCAAUUUCCCAGAAAUUGCGAUUAACUCGUACUCCUGUGCCCCCGUUUCUGAUGAAGAGGGACCAAUCUGAGGAGAAGAAGAUUCCCAAAGGGGUUCCUUUGCAGUUUGAUAUUAAUAGUGUUGGAAAGCAGACAGGGAUGACACUGAACGAACGUUUUGGGAUCCUGAAGGAACAAAGAACUGCGCUGUCUCAGAACAAAGGGAGCCGUUUCGUAACAGUGGGCUAACCUGACCAAUGGACGAGCACUGAUCCCACCUGUCUAAGAAAGGGAGAUAAAAGUGGGCAGCAGAAUACAUAAGUCACUGAAAUUCUCCAGACUUCUUGCUAAGGUGGUGUCAGAAAUAGCUAUCUUUAUUACUUCCACUUUGAACAGUAAAGACAUUUUGCCCUGAAAGGAGGGAAGAGUGUGGGAACUGUUCUGCUAAAGUGACACCAUUACCCGGUUGGAACAGAUUCUGUUGCCCAGAUGUUGACAAACACUGAUUUUGGUUCAUCUUGCAAUCAAUAUAUAAACAUGAAGUUAAAAGCUUUUUUUGUUUGUUUAAAAGUACUCAGUAUCUGUUCUUUGACACCUUGUUAUAGUAAAGAUUGUGUCAGUGUUUCAUUACAA